AUGUAUCUCUUCUACAUAAUCCAACCUGGAUUUCUCCCGAUUAAGUUCUCAAUCCUUGCAUCUAUCACCAUAUCUUCAACCUCUCGACUCGAAUCCCUUUCUCGCCCAUCAGACAAGAUGCACAUCACUACCUUCACCGCCGACACCGUAGCUGCCCGAAAGGUAGCGUUCUUCGGCAGCCUCCUCACCGUCAUGCUCAGAACACUCGUCCUCAUCACGGUCGUCACACUCGGUUUGCUCGAGUGCAGCGACUGGGCUGCAGCCUUCGCUACACUUGGAAGCGUGGCCGUGGUCACUGGCACCAUGCUCACCAUCGGUAUCACCUUGGCUUUAGUGAUGGAGAGUCGCCAACGGGGAUGUCAACCGGCUUCAACCAAUACAACCUCAGUUCAAUCCUUCCAUUCUUCCCACAUGCGUACUGUCCACGCUCCCUGA